AUGACGCUGUUGUAUUUUUCUUGCCAGAAUUGCCUGUUCGGGACAAUUGAUCUUGAGGUCAAAGGUGAGCGCGUGAAACCCGCGGUGGUCACCGAGGUCGGAGACUCGGUGUCAACAGAGCUGCAUCAAGUGGGGCUACGGGCGACCGUAAAUGUGAUCAUCAACGAGGCUCCGAGGUCCAUUGACUUGCAACCCAUUCAAGUGCUGGAUUGGAAAAUGGCGACGGCAAGCAGGGACCCCACAGCCAAGCCCAGCGCGCUGCGCUCAAUCAUUGCGGGCUCCACCGCAGGAGCCGUGGAGAUUGCAAUCACGUAUCCAGCUGAGUUUGCGAAGACGCGGACACAAUUGAAUCGCCGACUUGCGGAGGGCCAGAAACUCCCGUGGCCGCCAUUCGGCAAGCAGUGGUAUGCCGGAUGUACAACGCUGAUUAUUGGAAACUCAUUGAAGGCUGGCAUUCGUUUCGUUGCGUUCGAUGCCAUCAAAGCCAGUCUCCAGGAUGAGAAUGGCAAGAUCUCCGGGCCAAGGACGGUUGUUGCUGGAUUCGGUGCGGGUGUCACUGAAUCUUUGCUUGCGGUCACUCCAUUUGAGAGUAUCAAGACUCAAUUGAUCGACGACCGCAAGGCAGCGAAGCCACGUAUGAAUGGGUUCCUGCACGGCAGCAAGAUCAUCUUCCAAGAGCGCGGUAUUCGGGGCUUCUUCCAGGGUUUCGUGCCAACUACAGCUCGACAGGCUGCCAACUCUGCCACCCGAUUCACUAGCUACACGACUAUCAAACAGUUAGCAGAGGGCUAUGUGGCCCCCGGAGAGAAGCUGGGUACUCUUGCAACCUUUGGUAUCGGCGGGUUGGCGGGUAUCAUCACAGUCUAUGUGACUCAACCCCUUGACACAGUGAAGACAAGAAUGCAAUCGCUGGAGGCGAGCAAACACUACAAGAACAGUUUCGUCUGUGCGGCGCGUAUCUUCAAGGACGAAGGUAUCUUGACAUUCUGGUCUGGCGCAAUGCCCAGAUUAGCCCGAUUGAUUCUGAGCGGUGGAAUUGUGUUCACCAUGUACGAGAAGUCGAUGGAGUUGAUGGACCUGGCAGACCCCGAGCGCAAGUAUAUCUAG